GACGUCGCCUUCUGCAGGAAAAUGGCGGCCUUGACAGCAGUCGUGCAGGCAGACCGGUCCGACUUUUUAUUAUCCUUCCAACAGCGAACCAGAAUGAAAACGCCAAAGCGGUUCAAGCUUUUGGACAGCACCGUCCUCUCCUUGUUUGUGUUAGCCUCUGUGUUGCACUGUGCUCUGGCUGACGGUAAGACGUUGGUGCUGCUGGACAACCUCAACAUCAGAGACACCCAUUCAAUCUUCUUCCGCAGUCUUGCAGAUCGUGGUUUUGACCUCACAUUCAAGACAGCUGAUGAUACCUCACUGUCACUGAUCAAAUAUGGCCAGUUCCUCUACGAUCAUUUGGUUAUCUUUUCCCCAUCAGUUGAGGACUUUGGUGGAAAUAUAAAUGUGGAGACUAUUACAUCCUUCAUCGAUGGUGGAGGCAAUGUCCUUAUCGCAGCCAGCUCAGAUAUUGGUGACCCUCUGAGGGAAUUGGGCAGUGAGUGUGGCAUUGAGUUUGAUGAGGAAAAGACUGCUGUCAUUGAUCACCACAACUAUGAUGUGUCUGAUCCUGGAGAGCACACCCUGGUAGUUGCUGACCCAGAGAACCUGCUGAAAGCUCCCACUAUUGUUGGCAAACCCACCAAUAAACCUGUUUUAUUCAAGGGUGUUGGCAUGGUUGCCGAUCCAGACAACCCCCUUGUCCUGGACAUCCUUACUGGUUCUUCAACUUCCUACUCCUACUUUCCUGACAGACCCAUCUCUCAGUAUCCCCAUGCUGUGGGCAAGAACACCCUGCUAAUCGCCGGCCUCCAGGCCAGAAACAAUGCCAGAGUGGUUUUCAGCGGUUCCCUGGACUUCUUCAGUGAUGCCUUUUUCAAUUCUGCUGUGCAGAAGGCCAGACCAGGUUCACAGAGGCAUGAGCAGACUGGGAACAUGGAGUUGGCUGAGGCUCUGUCACGCUGGGUGUUUAAGGAGGCUGGAGUCCUCAGAGUGGGAGCUGUUACCCAUCAUCCUGUGGGAGAGACCACUCCACCUGCAGCAUACACCGUUAUGGACCUUGUGGAGUACAGCAUUGUCAUUGAAAUGUUGUCCGAGGGCCGCUGGGUACCCUUUGAUGGGGAUGAUAUUCAGCUUGAGUUUGUGAGGAUUGAUCCCUUUGUCAGGACUUAUCUCAAGAAGAAUGGAGGUAAAUACAGUGUCCAGUUUAAAUUGCCUGAUGUCUAUGGAGUCUUCCAGUUCAAGGUAGACUACAACCGACUGGGAUACACACAUCUCUACUCCUCCACGCAGGUAUCAGUUCGUCCUCUGCAGCACACUCAGUAUGAACGCUUUAUCCCAUCAGCCUUCCCAUACUACGCCAGCGCCUUCUCCAUGAUGACAGGACUCUUUGUCUUCAGUGUCGUCUUUUUACACAUGAGAGAGAAGGAAAAGUCAGACUAAUGCAGUCAAACAAUGGGGACGGAAAAUCAAGAAUAUGUGAUUAAAUUAAGGUGUGGGGAGCUGGAAUUGAAUGUUUUGAUGGCUUUUUACUGAGGGACUUGGACUGUUUCUGUUGUUUUAUUGGGGCACUCAGAUAAGUUCUCUGGGUCAAAAUGGGUGCAGACAGCAAUGCAGUACUUUUUUUUUUUUUUUUUUUUUUUUUUUUUUUUUUUUUACUUUGAGAUCACCAAUGGCUCAUAUGUUCUAAAGUCAGUAAGUCAGCAGUUGUAUAAAGUCGUUUUUACAUUUGAUAAAAUUGCCUCCAAAUUAUGUUUCCUUACAACGGUGGAAAAAAUGUCCAAUUUUGCCAAUAUUUUCUCUCAUUUAUACAUUUUCUCUAUUAGAAAGUGUUAAUGUGGUAACAAUAUGCACUAAAGAAUACCAACUGUUCCUUGUUUUUGAUGAGACUCUAAUGGAAAGGCUGGAGUCCUCUUAAUAAAAUGUUGACAUUC